GAAAAAUGAGAAAGUCAAAAUUUUUGAAAUAUUUGUUUUUUGCUACUAAUUCUUGAGUUAUCGGCGUGCAAUAGUAAUAUUUCUACAUCAUCCAUGUACGUGCAUGUAUAGUUCAUGUUUUGGGAGCACUAGUUUUGCAGCACGUGUUGCUAAACGAGGUAGCUAGGUUUCAACAUGGCAACUAGAACUAUGAUGGACACUGAUACUGGAGAAAGGCAAACAAUAGGGAGACCUAAGAAAGAAGCCUUGUCAUUCCCCAUAGAUAGAGAAGGACUCACUCCUGAAAUGUAUGAUGUCAUGGUCAAUAUAAAAUGGUUAUUUGAACAAAAUUUGAGCCACUGGACAGACUUUCCGUUGAUCCCGCCAGCGUUUACCAGUAGCCAUGACGAUGAGAAUCAGGUGUCAUACAAGGAUCUAUUCAUGGCCCCUGUUUUUGAUGAGCUGGAUGAAGUAGCUGUUGAUAAAACUGGUAAAGCUAGAAGUCUAGACCAUAAACAACUUGCAGAUGUCAGGAAAUAUGGCGAGUUCAGUGUGGAGAGUGUACAUUUCCCUGGACAAUAUCACAAGUGGAGACUAUCUCAGUUGUUGCAAAAAGGAACUCAACGAGCCCACAUUUCCUUACUCAAUGACAUGGCCUGGGCAUUGAGACUGCUGAUCGUGACAGCCAAGAAUCGUAUCUACUCUCAUUUCUUUAGUCUUUCUCAGACUGUACGCUGGAUAGGCAAGGCUUUUUGGCUGCUUCUAGACUUACUCAUUGGUAUGCCAUCGACAACUCUUGGUGACCUUGCGUACAAAAUACGAGAUGAACAUACAAAACAUCUAAUAGCUGAACUGGAUGUGAAAGGAGGGACGAAGCGCGAGUGGAGAGCAUUCUGUGACUAUAUUCAGGAGAAAUGUCAGAACUCUCCUGGAGAGAGGGAGGAUACUCUACAUCCGCCAGUCGUUCCACAUUUGUAUACAACAGCUAAGUCACUAGACAUUGACCUAAGACUCUUCAAUAAAGAUCUAAUGCUAAAAUGUGUGAGAAUUCUGAAGGGAAUCUUGGAUCAGGAAUCUCGAGGCUGGCAUCUAAAGUACAAAGACAAACUCAUAACUGAGUUAAAAGACCAGAAUCUCUCAAACAAAAAACUCACUGAGGUUGUGAACAGAAAGAUUGGAGAAGAAUACCUCAGAAGAGUGUUCAGUGCAAUAUUAGAAAACCCAGAACUAGAACUGGUCCAGUCAGGAAUAGGUAAACUGCUAGUGGAACAUGCUAAGACUGUGAUCAUUAUGAGGCAGGCUUUGGAGAAUAUACGGCUACAACUCUUUCAGCACAAGAAACAGCUACAAGAGCACUUGGAGAAAGAUUUUCCAGUUCGCUCGAGGAUACCAGCUUGGAUGCAUCAACAGCAACAAGAAUUUGAGAAAGAGUUUAUAAGACAACACAUGUGGAGUGCUCAUGAGGAAGCCUUGGCUAAAUGCAGACAUGCACAAUUACAUCAGUCUGUUUACUUCCUCCAGAGAGACCUAGACUUCAUGAAAGAGCGUGAGGGAAUCCUCAGGAAGGAACUUAGCAAGGUGAAACUGCCAAAUCGUGAGUUCAAAUUCCGACGUAUGAUUUGGCGCCCAUGGCGAUGGGAAGUGACGAGAUAUUGCCGUGGGGAGACGGAACGUAUAAUCACAGUGGUGUGCGACAAACCUGCUCCUCCUACUAAUCUCCAAAGACAAGACACUUGCACUUACAAUCUUAGCAAACACUGGCACAGCAGCACCAGUAGCAGGUGGCCAUUCUGGCGCUGGUUGAACUACGCACAUAGGACUUUGUCCUGGGCUUCUGAUGCCAUGUUUAUUCUGCUGGUUGUUGUGCCCUGGUGUAGUCCUGUUGGAAUCAGAGCGUUGUUUUCUUUAGAUCCUUUCUACCCAGACCUAGAACUGAAUCCAAGAGAUGGGUCUCUUUGCCCUCGACUGUCUUCCAAAACACAAACUCUUGUUUCCCGCCUGAGAUCGCUAUGGCAACAUGUUCGUCAGUCAAGGACAACAUUUGAAGCAACCCCAGAUACAGGGUUCCUUGGGAAAAGUCUUACUCGUCAAUUCAAUCGAGUUUGGAACUAUUUCUUCAAGGGGGCACUGGGUACGGUGGGGUUGGUGCUGUUUAUGCCCCCACUGUGUAUACUAGUCAGUCUAUUGUCUCUCCUAGCAGGCGUCACAUCUCCUAUAUGGGUGCCUAUUAUUACUACACUUAUACACCUUACUGCUUGCCUGGUCUAUGACUUUGACCACCCAGACAGUGGUGGAAACAAGUGGUUCAAGUUGUUUGAUGCAGUUAUAUGGCGGCUCCUAAUUCUGGGCUGUCUACAACCAAUCGCUGCAGUGAUUGCUGCUUUUAUCGUCCUUCCCUUAACCUCAUUCACUAUUGUACUAGUCGGUGUUUUACGUCGUGGCUGUCGGGCAUUCUGGGAUACCAUCAUGUUCCAUCUGGUUAUCAAGAAGCGGGCGAGGGUUCCUGCAAGUGACAGUUUUAUUGCACGUCGUAUUGCUGGCCCGGGUCUUGCCUCAAAUUACUUCUAUCAGAUUAAACCAGAGCAGGCACUAGCAGCAUUCGAGUCUUGUCUUGAACUUCAUGAGUUGAAAGCUUGGAGGGAUGCAACACUUAAACUCAUUGAGCAACCACUCACUGAAUAUAGUGACUUUGUGACAAAGGUGUUCCAGCCAUUCUCUGCCAGUCUCAGCUCUCAUGGAAUAUUUGAAAGUCUCAAAAAGGAGACUCAUAAUCUCACUCAAGCACUCAAGCAUAAAAUGGAUGAGAGAAAACGUAUGCUGCACACAGGACUCAACUCUGAGCUGAAAUCAAAGAUUAAACUCACAGGCAGGGAGCUGAAGGUGACGAUUGCGCUGUGCAGCAAAUUGAUUGAGAGCUUCUAUCCUGAGCAUGUAUUGAGCAGACACCUUAAGUCACAGGAACAAUUCUGGGAGGAAAAUGACUUGGAACCUUAUGACUGGCAAGGCCUAACCAAGCAGAUCCUGAGUGAUGUUUUUUCUCCAUCAUUUCUGACACCUUUAGAAGACACAGACACUUGCUUCAAAUUGCAGGUGGAGCACCUUGAUUUGAAACGUUACUUGAAGAUGUUGACAGCUGGGGAAUUUAGAGAUGACCUAGAUAUAGUCAAUGCAGUCCAUACACCUAAAGGUGACAUAGAUGUGGAUGCGCCAUUUCUAGAGUUGUCAGCAUUCAAUCCUACCAAGCAGCUGGUGGAAUACACAGGGUAUCUAACAGACAGAGGAGUACGCAGGAAGUGGCCAUGGAAGAAAAUGCUCCCAACUUACGAGGAUCUAGAAAAGAUGGAAGUGCCGCCACCUAUCGCAAACCCCGCACAUAUAGCCGUCGCCAUCUAUAACAGAAUUUACUAUAAACAACCUAUCGACGUAGGUGACCCAGUGUGCCAGUUGAUCAUCAAAGCGGCAGAGUCCGUGCCGUACAACACCCACUCAGAUUUAACAGACAUCGAGCCUAGCACUCCUGAUGACCACACCACAGUUUCAGACCCAGACGUUAUGACAUCACACAUAGCUCAAGCGGAGCAUAGCAUGUUUUCUGAUAAUGAUGAAAGCAUCAGGCAGACCCCUGAUAGUGAAAUCCCUGACGAUGUCAUAAUGCAUGCUCCCCAGCAAUUAAAAGAGAUCCAUAACAUUGUUGAGAAUAUUGAAACUCUGGUUGAUAAUCUUAGUGAAAAUAAUUCAGAAGUUUCCCAAUCUGGGGUAGUGUUGUAUAGUGAAGGGGAAAGAGACACAGCUUGUGUUUUGCAUAUUCGGGAGAGUAGUGAAGAAACAGAGGAUGUUGAUACCCAGAGUGCAUCUGAAGAAGAGGAAAUGAUUACACCCAGCGAAGGAAGUACGGAGUACACUCACCUGCCGACAAAUACAAGUACAGUGUGACUAUGAGAGAACCCUUGUAAGAUAUUACAAAGUGCUUAUGAUAUUUCUGGUAUUAUUUGAAAAUUGAAUAAUUACUAGAGACUACUUAUUUCCUUAUGAUGUUGCAUCUUGCAUAUGUAGAGGUCUUCUUUCUUGUUGUGUGAUUGUAUUAGAAAAAGGGUAUUAUUGUGCCAUCUGUUGCAAAAUCUAUGUUUAUGAAUAUCAUAUUUAAACGUAUGGAAACUUUAAUGUGUUUAAAAACACAAAGUCAAACCGAUAAAGAGUGGUGCCAUUAAAAAGUACUUAGUUCUGUGUAUUUGUAGGCUAAGUAGAGUACAGAGGGCCAGUCCGCUGUAUUGAAUUUCACAGUUUUAUCCCCUACGGUACCUUUACAAUUAAAAGCGUAGCUUUAAGAAAUUGUGAAUGUAUGCUUUGUUCAUUGAUGUGAAGUCAAUUGGACCAAUUGGCCUUUUAAGCAAUAUUUAUUGGAGAGUGUGCUAGAUUGAAUAGAUUUGGAGAUUAUGCCAUAGUAGUGUUCUAUGGGGCUGUACCAUAUGGCACUUAAUGUUCAAUGGG